UUUUACAGGCAUUUUACAAUAUAUUUUAAUUUUGCCCUUAAAAAUUGGACACUAGCAACGCCCAUGAUGGUGAAAUACAAUUACCUAUGAAAAACUUGCCAAUCAGCGUACUUUUCUAACCCAAGUUUUAGUUUUAUCCCAUACAUGAAAUUAAAAAAAGAAACAAUGGAAUUUGAGAAAACUCGCUGCUCAUCAGUUAACGCAUUAAUGUAAACGCUGUUAAUGCGUUGGAAAUUCGGGUUUUAUUCAAAUCACACCUUUUGCCUUACAGAAAUAGACAGCUAAAAGCGCACGAAAAUUUAAAUUUCGGUUAAUGUAAACAAAGUACUGCUUGAAGUGGGGAUUCACGUACAAUUAAAUCAAAGCUGAACUAUUUUACUAUAAUUUUCUGUGCUACAAUGGCUAAAAAAAUAUGUUUAAAAUGGAAUAACCACACGAGUAAUUUGCUUGAAGUUUUCGAAAAUUUAUUAUCCACGGAAUUAUUUGUGGAUGUUACACUAGCCUGUGAUGGGUUGAGUCUCAAAGCACAUAAAAUUGUGCUCUCUGCUUGCAGUCCUUUUUUUAAACGACUAUUUUCGGAAAAUCCCAGUAAGCACCCUAUCGUCAUAUUGAAAGACAUAAAAUAUUGUGACCUCCAAGCUGUCAUCAAGUUUGUAUAUAGUGGAGAGGUGAAUAUUUCUCAAGAUCAACUCUUAUCAUUUCUUUUAACAGCUGAAACACUGAAAGUAAAAGGUUUGGAAAAAGUCACAGCAGAAAAUAGACAUGCUUUAGGACUCGAGAAGCAAAAACAUACAGAAAAAGCGACUUUGUCAACACCUAUAACGCCUUCAAUCACACAAUCAACUGAAAAUACCACCAGAUCACCUAUGCAACGCAAGAAAAGGAAAACGCGUCAGAAACGACCCCUUAUGGAUUUAUGUCCUAGUGAUGAUGAAGGAGUUGCUCCAAAAAUGAAAGCAAGAGCAUCGCCUGAUAUAGAGGAAUUAUUUGAGAGUGAAAUAAUAGAUAUUACUAGUGAUAUUCGAUCAGGUGGGGGCCCAAGCUCACUAUUUAUGGUUUCAUUACAUUCAUCGAAAAAAAAUUCACCCAAGAAAUCUUGUCCAUCAGUCUUCCGAGAUUCUAAAACAACUGAUGAUGUUAAUGAUUUAGAAAUAGAGCCUUCAAAUCUAUUAGAACAAACGUUAAUUGUAGAAAAUGAAUCUUUUGUUAAUCAAAAUAAUACAGAACAUGCACAACUCCCACCUGUGAGUGGUAUAGAAACUUCUGGGGAGUCAAUAAUAAGUUCAGAUAUCCCCGAACAAACCAUUAUUUCGACACCAGAUUCUAAUUUAUUAACACCCAAUAGCCCUCCAGAUAUUAAACAGGAAAUUGUGACCAUUGAUGAUGUGUCUAUAUCUCCGGUUCCUGGCCCAUCUCAUAGCUCUGGAAGAUCACUGAUACAGUCAGACCACACAGAUGUAUCUGAUGUAUAUCGACCUAAAUUGAGUAACGAUGUUGCAAAACGUAAAUCAGCAGCUAAGAGAAAAGCUACUGUCAGAAGGAAAAAACAAUCAAAGGGAUCUGAUUCUAUAAAUAAAAAAGAACCAUGGAGGCAGGUUCUUCAUAUGUGUUCUGAAUGUUCUUACACAAAUGCAAACAUUGAAGAACUUGUAAGUCAUGUUGAAUUUCAUAAGAAAUCAGCUAUUCAGUGUAACUAUUGUAAGAUUGAUUUUACUGAGUUACGUAAUUCGGAGAAUUCGCCAGCGGUUCGUGAAAAUGUUGUAGAUUGUGACAUUUGUGAUCACUGCUUUUGUUCUAAGAUGGCUCUUUUGACUCAUAAAUUAUUACAUCAUUACUAAUUUCAUGUUUGAAAGAAUUAGAACUUCAACCAUUUCAAUGCAUCUUUAAAUCAAAAUUUUUAAAUUGUUAUUAGCUUUGAAUCUAAUAUUAAUGUACGUUUUAACUAUUACCUUUGCUAUAAAAUAACUCAUUUCUUACUUGAUAUUUAAUCAUGAUAUAUUUUAUUAAUAGAAACAAAUUAACGGAUCAAAUUAAUGAAUCAUUUCUAAACUGAGGUUCAAUCAUGAUCUUAUUUAUACAUUAUUUAUUAGGCAAUUUACAUUACUAGUUUUAAACUCAAUGAAAUUUUAUAAGUUUUUAUUCAAUUUAGUGAUCAAAUUAUUAAAUCUUUUCUCUUUAAGUGCAAUCAGCCAAUUAUUACUCACGUCUUUAUAAAUAUGAUUUAUUUAAGUGCUCAAGUUAUUAUGAUUUUUAUUGUAUAUAAUUAUGAUACACUAGUUUUAGAAUUUUAGUCUGAUAUAAAGUAUUAAAAAUUUGUUGUAUAUUCAGAUUUGUAAAACACUUUUCAUUAUUUUUAUAGUUAAAAUUGCUUUGUUACAUUUCGAUUUUAAAUAAAAUUCUGUUCGACACAUA